CUCGCUUCCAUUGCUUUCCCCUCGGGCAGACUUUGCGACAACCCAACGGUUCUCUACCUUAGUUAAAACCUUUCAGUUCCCCCUUUCUAGACGCAUUAGCGAUCCAAACGACCAGGACAGGUCCCGAGACUUCAAAAUGGCCGGAAACUUUGAGGAAGUUGCCAAACAGUUUGUUGAGUUCUACUACAACACCUUCGACAGUGAUCGCAAGGGUCUUGCUGCUCUCUACCGAGACAACUCUAUGCUGACUUUCGAGUCUGCUUCUGUCCUCGGCACCCAGGCUAUUACCGAGAAGCUUGCUGGCCUCCCCUUUGAGAAGGUCAAGCACCAAGUCUCUACCCUCGAUGCCCAGCCCUCCAACGACCAGGGCGGUGUCAUUAUCCUCAUUACCGGUGCUCUCCUUGUCGAUGAGGAGCAGCGCCCCAUGAACUUCAGCCAGUCCUUCCAGCUCGCCCGCGAUGCGAAUGGCCAGUACUUCGUCUACAACGACAUCUUCAAGCUUGUCUUCGGUUAAUCGAAAGCAGUUACACUGCCGGCCGGCGCCUUUGGUUGUUUGAAUGAGUUGAGCGAUGUUUAUAAACACACAAACACACCAAGUGGGGCGACAGACGAGGGGAAAUUAAAGCGGCAAU